AUGGGCCGCCGUUCGAAAGCGAAACUGCUCGAGGAGCAGGAAACCGAAAUCCAGGAGCGGGUCAUGUACUUAGAGAAAGUCCAGCAGCUUGCUAAGCUUCGAUCUGGCCCCCGUACAAUUUGUGAUUGUCCCAACCAUGACUCCUACCGUAUGUGGUGCCCGACAGGCGAUAUUCCGGGAAGUGCAGUCAGAAAUGGCCUCUAUGAAGAUAUCAUCUACGCGAAGAGUACCUUCAAGACUCUUACUUGA